AGCAUUUCAGUGGAGCAUUUUGAAAAAUGAGGUGGAAUUUGUGGGUUUUAGUGCUGGUUUUCGGCGGAAUUGUGGAAUCAUUGCAAAAUGAGUCACAUCGAAUUUUAUCGCGAAAGAAACGUUGGCUCACCUUUCCUGAGGGCUCAUCCCUGCAAGUGGUUCAUUUUACAGCUAUACCCGUAUAUGGGUUACCUGUGGUUUUCCUCAUAGGUGUUACAGGUGCAAUUGGUUAUGAAUUACCGUACUACCCACUCUCGGAUAUUGCCGAAGAGCUUGGUGAACGUAUCAAGAAUGGAACAUUGGGCCUACGACACGACAAGGAUGUCACAAAAGUGAAAUAUGUCGAUAAACCCUAUACUGGAGCCACAAAUCACAAGUACUACUACACACCAGCAAAGCAGAAGUACCCCUAUGGGUGGAAUAACAAUCAGCAUUUAUCCUUCUACAACAUGAGCGUACUGAGUGAUUUCGCUAAUCAACCUGCUGUGAAGGAUUUAAAGAACUUCUGGACUACUCUCAAAGGGCGAUUUAAUGAAUUCGCCAAAAAUAAUUUUCAACAAUACCCAAAGUAUCAUCCAAAGUACAGCAGUAGAAUACCAUUGUCAACCAGAAGAAAUGAUGCAUUUCUUUUGAGGAGAAACAAUCUACUAAGAGGGCAUAGAAAGCAUUUCAAUCUCCUGCCAGUUCUAGCAAAGCGCAGUACGGAGAACCAUCAUUUUAUCAAUGCAACAUCAUUCAAUGAGCGCUUUAAAAUGCAUCCAAUUGAAACACGACAUGAACUCUAUUCUCGAAUUGAAAUGUUCUUGGAAAAGAAAGGUUUAAAUGGGCGUGAGUGCAUCUUGAGGAGUCUGUGUCAGUCAAAGAAAUCUUCAGAAUUGCCAAAUACAUUUAUCUCAGAAAUCAUGAAGGUUGUUUUUAGUUUACCAAAGCAUGAUAAUUUGGACAAAAAUUCUUACGAUCCGGAGUAUUAUGAAGCUCAUCAUGGUGAAAAUGAGGAUUGCUCUCGCACUUACGAAAAAUGUCAACACAAUUUGUGGGAAAAUCCGUUAAUAAUUUAAUGUUGGAUACUGAUAUGUUGUGUAAAUUCAAAUCAAGAGAUCAUUCAAUGAUUUUAGAGUGUUAAAAAAAUUUUGUAUUGCUUGAUGUGGUACUCAACAGUUUUCCUUGUCAUUACUUGUUGUCUUUCCUCUGAUACUCUUGUAGUUAUUUUGCCGACGUCUUCACAGUCGCUCAUCUCCAUUAACACUGCAGUUCUCUCUCUCUCUCUUAUUAUUUUUGUACCUUCUCACAUACUACCACACCUGAAAUAAAAAUAAAUGAUUGAUUUUCUUGAGUUUAUGAUUAUUGUAUUCAUUCAUAAAUUAAAUAAUUCUACAAAAAAAGUUUUCUUUAUUUUUUAUGUUUCAAAAAAAAAAAACCAAAAAAAAAUCUAUUUUGAUGUCAGUUAGACUCAAUUUUCAUUACGCGUAAUUCACGUAAUAAGUUUAAUAUUCGCCAAAAAUCCUUUUGAUUUUUAUUUAUUUUUUCGUAUUGUACAUAGUAAUAAAUAAAAGUCGAAAAAAAUCCUAUCGAAUAAUUGGCCGAAUAUGUGUAACCGUUUGAA